AGGUUUGUAACAAACACUCAAAAGCUUCAUGAUCCCAUUUCUACAACUAGUGUCAAGGAACUUCUUUACAACGACCCUGUGCGGAGCAGCUCCUUUUUGACUUCUCCGCAGCAGUAUAUUCUAAGCCUACACGGACGUUCCAUUAUCAUGUUGUCUCGAAUUCGACCCAUCCCAUCUGUUUGUUGAGUUAGACGUGCUACUUUACAUCAACGCUUUUGUCCUUCCUAGCACGUGCGACGGAACACGAUGUCUUCGUCCCGCCACCAGCGGUACUACGAAGAAGAUCACGAGACGGAGAGCGGGAGCUACGGCUACGAGGAGGACUACGAAAACGAGGCGUACGAUCAUCGCGAGAAAAAUUACUACAAAAACCACGGCAAGUACUACCAAGACGAGGAGUCGUACGAAGACGAUGGCUCCUACAAUGGAUUCGAUCACGACGAAGCCUACGAUGACUACGUAGCCAGUGCAAAAAAUUGUAUGGUGCACCAUCAGUGAGAGUGACAGUGAGGAGAAUUAGAAUAGAUAAAUGGAUGUCAUAAGUAGUCAUACAUAGCGCGCCGGAAUGAGAAGAUUCCCUGAAAGGUGGAGCAGCUGCCAAUACUCGGGGCGCUCAGCCAUCAUUCAUUAGUGACGUUUCCUGCACGCCGCCGGAUGAUUGUUUUUUGCAUUCCUCGAACCUCUGAGCCUCGCAGGUGAAUAUCGCAUAAUUUCGUUCUGUAGCACGACACUGAGUGUAGCUGACCAGUUUUUGCACAAGCUCCAUAAGGAGAAAACUACUACGAUUCCGCCUAUCUUUCGCACCACGUCGGUGCCGAGCACUACCCCCGCGUCGCGGCCCGGCCGGCCAAAUCGCCCAAGCCCUUCCGAGCCAAGAGACGAGACGGGGAGGGCGAGGCGGCGCCGAAAGCCAUGCGACCCUCCAAUCGGCCCACGGGGGUGGAGGUGGAGCAGGAGGAGGAGGAGCAGGAGGAGGAGGGGAUUGAACUUGCGGAAGUGGUGCCGGCCGGGAAGCCGAAAAUACCUCGACUGUCCCCGGAGGGGGCGCGGGUAGCGAAAAAGAAACGGGGAAAGAAGAGGCAACAAGAAUGGGAAGACGAGGAGUUAUCGGUUAGAAAUACUGAUAUGUCUGGGCCUGGAAAAUUCUAGAGGAAUUUGUAUUAUCAUGGAGAAAAAGAGCGUGGUUUUCAUGACCGGCUUUUAAAGGGACAAUCUAUGUUUUCGUCCAAAAAGGCAGUUUGCAAUGCGAGCUACGGUGCACCAUGAGAAAAGGUCAAGAAAACCUGUCAUUUCAGACUCGUCGUCCACACUUCAGCAUCGCAGGUUUCCAGGCGCAGGCUAAUGUUUGCAGUGGAUAGCAGGAGUACGGCGAAGACGACUACGACGGGGAGGACUACGAAGACGCACGACGGGAAAGGCACCAGAAAAAACGCAAGCAGGGCCGGCGGGGACAUGGAGGAGACUCGGAAAACGCGUUCCUCAUCUUUGGUGCAAAUCCAUUGUACGUUGGGUUGGCGGGACUGAUUAUUGUGGGUCUGAUCGUCGCCAUCAUUGUCGUGGCCACCAGUUCUGACGAGAGCGAUUCCAGCACAGCCCCCGCACCGGCCCCCGCGGCAGGCAGUGGCAGUAGCAGUUCUCCGAGUCUUAUGGAAGUUCACAACUGCCGGCUUUCCUCGUUUUCCUUUUCGUCAUUUUUAUUUGUGCACCUACACGACCAACACGCCAGCAAUGAUGCAGCUUGCGCUUCUGUAAUAGCGCAAGUCUACACAUUGUUCGUGAAGUACCGGUCGGUAGUAUAGUUUCCGAAAGUUGUCGUGCUCGUGUGCACUGAAUGCAAAAAAGCAGCGUGUGGACUCGGCCUGUGGCAUGACAAACGUGCGAGGGUGAGGGGAGGUUGUUGUGCACUCUGAUAAGCCCGAGCCCAAGUACACCAUCUCCGACGCCAGCAGCAGCAACUCCGACCCCAGCAGCGACCCCAGCAACUCCGACCCCGACUCCGGUCGCCAAUCCCCCCGUGGCUGUAUCAAUCGCAAACCACAUCAUGAUCCUCGAUCUGGGAGGUCAUCCGCUAUGCAUCGGGAUACAACUACAGCGGCUAAAAAUAACGACUGUGUUUUCGUUCUAAAAAGCAUGCGAAACAUCAAGCGUUUGCCUUAGGACAUCUCGGUUUGAGGUUCCUUUGCCUUGUUUAUUGGUUUCCUUUCAUUUUGUUGAAUUGACGCCGUUUUUUCUGUACGGAAAAAAAGGAAUGAUAUCGCAACGUAGUCUUACUGAGGGGGGGGAGUAUGCAGAAAUUAAUCGCGUAGCCGCUGGGACAGUCGGAUUGCAUACGGCAAAAGCAAGUACUUUAGUAUGAUCAAAUAAGCGCACUACGAUUGAUUGUGAUUUCUCCUAGAGGUUGAUGUAGAUCGAUGAUGGAAGAUUUGCGCUGCAUAGCCCGGGAGCGGGUUCGACAAGGCGCCGCACUGGUUCUACAAGAGCUACUUCAUGUGCACCGCCGCCGAUGCGCCCGACGACAAGAAGUGCGCGCCAAGUGUUAUCCUACGUGGAAAUUAAUCGUGAUAGAUCAACAUCACGUCGCACAAUGCGCUUCCGAUAUAGAAUUUCUCCUCUUCGAAGUCCUUCAGUCUUCCCGACCGUUGUUGAGGUGGCGCGCGCUGUUUUGCAACUUUUCUUUGCACGACCGAUAAACUUUUGCAUCGACAGUUGUCCUUAAUUCUGCUUGUGCGCUCGCUCCGUCUGGUAAACAUUCGGUGAUGAAGAGACACCUAUCAUCGAAGCGCUGAGCUGACAAGACAAUGACAACAUUUUUGACUCAGCAGGUCUACACGACCUACUGUCUGCGGCUUCAGGCAUUUCUUGCGCAGAUAUUAACCCAUUUCUCGAGUUUAAGGAACAAAAGAAAGCGAAUUUAUACAGCAUCCACAAAGAAAAUGUAGAGUACUUUUCACUGAGGUGGUCUGCGGGGCGGCGAAGAUGCUGCGGAUGAUGUUGAUUCUACAUGAUUUUCAGUUCGAUACUUUCCGACUGGCCCGCCUGCGGAGGCUCUUGGCAUCCGGAGUAGAUCUUCUUGAAAGCGCUUUUGUUCUUUUGUGUGCGUCAUGCUCUGUGUCGGUUGCCCGUGGUUCUUAUGCUCUCUCAUGCGCAUGCAGCCCCUGGUGAACAUGAGUAUGUAUUCACGAAAAACAAAAAUCAUUUUUAGCACAAUCAAAAUCUAAGGUACUGCCAGGAGGCGGAGAAGCAAACCUGUUCCGCGAUGUAUUCCUUGCAAAUAUGUCUCGGUCGGGAAAAGUGCAAACUUGUGAUGCGUGUUGCGGACGAUCAUAUAAAAGUCUGUAUUGCAAGACUUCACAAAACUCGGCCAUUUCUGGCCAUGCUGCAACGGCCAUUUCGCAUGCAGAAGAGGCAGUAACAUGGGGCUGCAGAACGUCUCAUAGUAAGCCCUGCAUUCCUGACUUGGUGGAGCUUGGGAUGAUUGAAAAACUGCAUGAUAAAUCUGAAAAUUUUCCAGACUCACCAGACCUAUUUGCAUCGUUGAUACGAUGGGCACCGCGACGAUGAAGCCCACGCCGACGGGGGGGAGCGUGGGCGACAAGCUCGACUCUAUGGGUGGAUACGGGUUCAUGUGCCCGCACUUGAUGCUGGGUUCCUCCGAGCUCCUCGCGGCUGCCCGAGCCGACGGCCUGGACCCGGACGUGCACGCGUACGGCGUGGCCACGAUGGAUGAACUAAAAUGCGGGCAGUGCGCGGAACUGGAGAACACGGAGCCGAAGCUGAAGCUGGCGCCGAAGUUGACGGUGCAGGUUUUUAACACCGUGGUAUUACAAUGAAAAAUGCCCCCACGACCCCAUAGCCUGGUGACGGCAUUUGUAUUGCAAAACCUUUCCAAUGGAAACAUUCCCCAUCUUGCAUGUUUCAGCAUCGGAAACUUUUAAUUAUGCGGAACAACUACAAUUUGUGUUGCGCGAGAGCCCAGGAGCAGCCGGGCCUGUCAUAUAAAAAGAUGCCUGACUCGCCUAGAUUCUGCAUCAGAAACACUCAUGUAGUCCUUUCAUGCAAGACAAAAAGUUUUUCAUUUGGAAACUUUGCAUCGCAUAUUUUUGCAACGUCCGGGGUCGUGAGGGCAUUUUUCCUUAUGAUACGUGGCCGACCACGUUGAUGUCUACAUGGCCGGAGGCGGUUACGGGGCCCACAACGGUAUGCUUUGGAAGAAAAGCACUUGCAUGUUGGUGUGUUCCAGGGCGGAGUAGACGAUGCGCAGAAGCCGUGCGGCUUCUACCAGUAGCGACGAAAUAUUGCGGCAGGACCUUUUAUUUUCGCUAGACAAUUAUUUUUUGUCCCCAUGUGAGAUUCUUGGCUGCGUUUGUCUACUUCAAGAAAGAGAUUUUUGUAAAACUCGAAACUGGAGUUGUGGUUGCCUUGUUGUUGCCACAGAACCCAUGUUCUAUUCGUCACCUCUGCCGAACACGCCGAUAAAACUUGCAUAAUUUUUCUACUCCAUACCCGGUUGUUCGGAGUCCAACUCCCAGGUCAAGAGCGGCACGCCAAACACAGGCUAUUUCUACGAGAAGCACGUGUCGCAUAUGAGAGUUCACAUCUCCCCCUCUCCCUCAUUUGUGCCGCAAAAUACGAAAAAACGCACGUCUUGCCUCUAAACACUGUCCGCGUGGCGACAAAUGUUGGAUAAUUUUCAAACAGUACUACAAUUUUUAUCCGUGUCCAGAUUUGUUCUUGUCAUGCGGAAGCAACAUGAUUUCUGCCGUUGCUUGUGGUGCUACUCGAGCUUUCUAAAUGCGGGCGGAGGGGGAGUUGUGCACUCUCAUUGCGCACUCGGAAUUUAUGGACCACCUGAAUUCGCUGCCCGAAAAGGACAAGAUUGUGGGUCCGGGGAGUCUGGACCUGGACCAGGCCAUAUCAAAAUGAAAAAAUCCCCCACGACGUCUCCACAUUGAAAUGGAAACCUCUGUUGCUGAAUUUGUGUACACGAAUCUCCGGCUUUGUUGUAUUUUAGCAAGGGUCUGGAGGCAUUUUCAGAGCCUGUUUGGGUCUGUAGAAGGUUUUUAGAAAUUAAGUAGUACCAGACACCCUUCAUAAACAAGUACGCAAAAGUGCAUUGCGACAGAUUGGCUGUAGAAUACGGCAGAUAAAAAAUAAACCAGCAUCAUAACUUUGAGGUUGGAGAGGGGAGAUUUUUCCAUACGAUAGGCCAUUGCGUGGGGCGGGGGAAUUCGGGGCGGGAAGACUUACGCGGACUGCAUGCGCGCCUGCACGGACACAGUUGCUCAGUGCCGCAGCAGCUGCCAGCUCCCCAAGGCGGGAUGCUCGGGGAGCACCGAAUUCAUAUCACGUGCAAAAUUUUUGCUGCUCUGCGUGAUAGUACAAGAGCUGUGCGAGAAACAGACUAUGCUGGUGUCAAUCUGUGACGCAGCUGAAAAAAUACUUGCAACACAGUUAGACUUAGAUCUGUCAGGCCGGACAUUCUUGAGUAAAUUGUAAGUGAGAACCCCAGCGCUUGAUGAAAGGCACUGUCACAACGUAUAACUAGCGGCGCAGGACAAGCUUUUCUUUUAGUCAGGGAGAACCAACUACAGGUUUGUGAUGGUCUGUUGAUAUUAUUUGGUAUUUCCGGCCCAACAUAUCGAUCAAUAGCGAAACGAGGCUAAGCGCUGCCAGCUAACGGGAGCGACACCGCUGUAGGGGCAACAGCGCGCGCCGGGCGCGUGUUGUCGUUUCUUUGGCGUUGGGAGUUAAUCUCCACCCGCCUCGAUGCAUGGAUUAGCGAGCGCGCCGCAGCUGCGACGCACGGCAAAACGCAGCCGGCCGACAAUGCCGCCCUGCGUGCUCGCAGCGACCCAAGGUCGCUGCAAGCUGGUGCCGUGGCCGCAACUGCUGCGUGCUCGCUGGUCUGGCGUCGCCCAAUCCCCCAAAGCUGUGACAGCUAACCUCGCGCACAUGUCGCGAAUAAUGCCAGCAGCGGUUAACUUCUCUCAAACUGUUUCUCGGUGGCGAGGAAGAGGACACCAGCGAGAGCACAAGAAGUUUUGCCAACGUGCAUAAUUCUGCAUUCUCGACCCCAGCAGCUGCGAACACGCGUUCCGAGGACAUUCUCAGUACGUGACUGACAAGGCCAUCGAGUCCUGCAAAUGGAGCUUCAACCACGACCUGCACUGGAACCGUGACAUCAAAUACAAGGUGGUGGCUUGCCCUGCGAGUCUUGUGCAACUGACCGGGCUGCGCCCGGUUGAUCUGGCGCAGAGCACGGAGGCUGGGUUUCCGAAGGGAAUCGGGUUCGAGAAGGUAACAAUGACCACAACCAUGGAGGACUGCUCUGCCCCGACCUGUGCUUUAUCCGCUGGGAACAUAAUCUUCAUGAAAAAUCAUGUGUGACUCGUCGGGAAAAUGAAAAGUGACAGGUUACUAGUAGGGUGGUGGUGUAGUUCUAGUUGUUUCCUUAUGAAGAUUUGUUGCGAGGAUGUCCUCGUAGUCAACAUAGAAUUUUUCUUUAGCCGAGGACUUUCUUGAUGCCCCAUCAUUGUAGUCAUUGUUCUUGUUCUUCCGCGUCCGCCUCAACUACAGCCGCCACAGGCAUCCAGAAUCUUGCUUUUCUACUCCUUUUUCCCAGCACAUGUAAGUGCAACGGUACUCAGACAGAUUUUUCUCCUGUUGCAUACGCACGCACGAUGAACAACAACCUGGGCAAUUGGCAAUCGGGCUACGAUUCGUUGUACACUUGCAACGCGAUGUAUCCACAGGAAAUUUUCCGUACAACGGGUGAAAAUGCUGACACUGCAUGACAAGACGUGCUGUGCUCAAUCGCAUUGCGCAUGACAGGUUUUAUUUUCCAGGUUGGCAAGAAAUUUGUGAUGUAUUUUGCAGCAUGUCCUGUACGGCAAAGUUGUAAUGCAUACGAAGGGCGAGAAAAUGUUGGACGGCUACGCCCCAGCCAACACCUGCUCCGCGAGCCGGUGA